AUGGCAACCGAUUACCGGGAAGAGCGGUUCAUCGACCACCAAGACGCCCCGUCCACGUACCUGGAGCACGGACUAGACUAUCCCUCAGGUCGGCUGGUUCCGGCCACGCAUGUUCCUCAUUGGCUGCGUUUGAAGCCCAUCGUAUCUCCUGAUGUCACUGCCCGCAAGGUGAACGAGGCCCCUGUGCUCUGCAGCUUUUACACUAAUUGCUGGUGGGUUGAGGAUGACACAGCAUACUUCUGCGGGGUGCCAGCUGUCCGUCUUUGA